AUGGCGCGGGUUCGCCUUUCUUCGUUCUUCUCUGAAUCACCCUGUUUUGCCUUUUCUCUCUCUCUGCUCUGGUUUUUAGGACAGCUACUGUGCUGCUCAGCAGGUCAAAUUAUCACCGACGGUCUUUCAAUUAUCAACUCACCGCAACCUGGCAACCCUGCACACGUUGGAAACCCUAUCUCGAUCUCUGUGGAGGUAUCGGGUAAUGGAAAGCUCCCGUUGGAAGCCACCAAUACAAAUUCUUCGUCCGCAACGCAUUACGACUCUUUGGAGAUAUACCUGAUAUCCUCGCAAACAGGCAAGAACUAUACAGUGGCAUCAGGAUCCGAGUUUCUCAACGAUGGGACCGGUAGUGUCCGUCAAUGUAAUUGGAAGGUUCCAGCAUGUGUUCCGGAAGGGCAAUAUAAUCUUACGUUCUAUGAACGUUCUCAUAUCAAUGGACAACCUCAUUUCAUUAUCACCUCAAUAUUGAGUCCAGUCGAAAACUCUCAGGGCCUGAACAAUGAAGAAUGCACAGAGCUCUCAAACGAUUACCUGGGACAGCCACAGGAUUCUUCCCCUCCCUCUCCACCUUUCUACCAGGAUGACUGGGGAUCCACAAGUCGAACCUCAGGCAUGACAACGUCUUACACAGGAAAUGGGACGGGACCCACGGGACCAGUACUCAUAACCAUCACUCUGUCUGCGAGUGGAGGUCUUCCUUUCCCUUUCCCACCAACUGUCACUGUCACUGUUCCCUCCAUUUCCGUAUCCCAAGUAGUAUCUCUCACCACCGUUACCUCUGUACAAGGUCCCUCUACAACUACUUUUGUACAGACUUUAACUUCUCUCGUUACUGUUACUCCCUCUGGCAACCCGGGUGACCUGGGCAGUGGAAGGAUUAUACCCAUCAAUUCUGGCUGUAUUACUCGGAUUACUCUUGUAUUUCUGAUCUUGCCACUCUCAAUUCUGUGGUCACUCGUGUAA